CAGCGAUACGCCUGCCGUGUUACACGGCAGUGCUCAAUCGAUUCUCUCCUUUGAAAUGAUUCUCUGCAUGCUGCCAUAACGCUUCUUCUGUUUGUCCCGCUCAGAAUCUAGGUGUAGGUGGUCAUGUGGUGAGAUUCUCAAGGUUGACUGUUCGUCAGUCUACUCUCCAGCCAAACCAUGCACGAUGCGUUGAAAGGUACAUAAGAAUCUACACCCCGACUAUUGAGGGUUUCACUUCGAUGAAAAGCUGCUUUACAAUUCUCGGAGCAGAUUUUUCAUGCUCAAAAUGGUUAUCCUGCACCUCCUGACUCUCGGCCUCACCGCAACUGCGAUGGCAUCUCCUGCCUCGUCCAACGGCGCAACACCCACAGACCCAAAGGACACCCUCGUUAGAAAGGAUGACUGGGACAAGUACCUCAAAUACAAGGCCAGAUUAGGCACUCAGGCUUCCGAACAGGGAGUCGUGCAACGCAUAUGCGACCUGGUCCUCUGUCUCGGUCCAAACCACACCGGAGAAUGCAGCCUAUGGUGCCACUAUAAAGGGGAGCUUCAGAGCUUCGAAGAAGCGAAGCAGCGGGAGAUCACGAUGUCGACGUAUUUCACAAUGUCCGAUCGUUGUAACUUCUACGCGUACGUUGUGUUUAGGCCUUCGCAGCACCGAAUAAUGAACCAAAAAGCUGACUAUGGGAUGCAACUUGACUAGUUCUGAGGGCAAUUUCAUGGAUAGACUGAAGGGAAAGAUGGGGUGCGUGAUCUGCUCCGACGAUCCCAACCUGCAUCCUGAUUCGGCGCUUUGAGAGACCGUAGACCGGCUAGGUGCUGUAUUAAAGGCCUAACAAAGGCAGCAUUAAUGGUGCAUUUAUCCUAUGGCACUUUGGCUACG